AUGUCUAAGCCAAAGAUUCUCAUUGUCGGAUGCGGCGCCGUUGGACUUUCACAAGGAUACCACCUCUCUGCCGGAGCAGACAUAACCUACCUCGUUCGGCCAGGUCGUUCUGGAGCUUUCGCGCCGCCUAAACGCCUCUACGAUUACAAGACAGAAAAGUUACACACCUUCGAGGGUUAUCGUGUAAUCGAAAAUACCACGGAAGUUGCCAACGAGGAAUUCUACUGCGUCCUCGACACGCUAGACGGCCAUACAGCGCAGUCUGAAGGUGGAGUCGCAACGCUGAAAAGUGUCGGAGAUCUGAUUCGCAAUGCCCCGAAGACAUUCGUUGCUUACGAUGCAAUUGGUGCCGAUAUGGAGCAGCACUAUGCCAGCACUUUAGGCAUACCCAAAGAGCGACUGGUGCUUGUACUGAGUAUGCUUGCGCACCAGCCUACACCAAUGAUCUCUGUUCCGCCAAAAGCAAACCGAGAACUGAUCGCGCAGGCGGACCUGCUGUUUUCGCCUCUCGCCAAAGACACAGGACUAGCCGUUGUCAACAAGAACGUUGAGCUCACGAAAAAGAUCGAGGCUGUUUACAACAAGAACGGCAGAUUGAAGAUCGAUCGACAGCAUGCUAUAGUUGGUAACCUGGUCAUGUUGGGCAUGGUGCAGCUCGUUGUUUGGAACAAUGAGGGUUGGCCUGCAUGGCCGCAGUUCAAGGACAGGGGCGAGUCGUGGGCGCUGCUGCUUCGAGCACAGAAAGAGGUCCUGACUUUGCCGCGAUUUGGAUGGACUGGAUGGAUACUAUCGUGGUUUAUCGGGUCCUGGGCAACGGCGAAGAUGAUCGAGAUUCCGACCAAUGGUGCGCUGCCACUUGCUUAUCAUGAGUUUAAUGCUUUUCAUCAUGGGAACAAAGUUGUCAAGCAGGAUGUAGAGGUUCUAGAAGAGCUGAUUACCGCGGGAGAGAAGGCGAAAGUUAAAAUGCCCGCGCUACGGGAGAUUUGCCGGCAAGCGCGGGAAAAGUUGGAUAAUUGA